CUCAAAGCCAACACCAUACCGCUGCCGCGCACCCAACCACCAUGUCUGACCGCGAGUUUGGCGGCAACGACGAUUUGUCGCUGCCCAAAGCGACCGUCCAAAAGAUUGUGCAAGACAUCCUCGCCAGCGAGCCUGGCAUGACGUUUGCAAAAGAUUCGCGCGACCUCUUGAUCGAAUGCUGUGUCGAGUUUAUCACCCUCAUCUCGUCUGAAGCCAACGAAAUCGCCGAAAAAGACGCCAAGAAGACGAUAGCUUGCGAACACGUCAAGGCUGCCCUGGAAGAGCUGGAUUUUGGCGACUACGUCCCAGCCAUCCUCGAGGUGGCGCAAGACUACAAGAAGCAACAGCAGAAUCGAGAAAAGAAGCAGACCAAGAUCGAGCAGAGCGGCAUGACCGAGGAACAGCUCAUCGCUGCGCAGGAAGAGCUCUUCAAGAACGCUACGAGCAAGUUCAACGCGCCGCCUGCGCAGUAGUGCUGCUUCCCGUGAACGACUUGUACGAAUAAUGGCUUCAGUUGCGCGGCGUUUGAUGGGCAUUGCGAAGGCGCGAGGCAGGCGUUUGGCUUAGAUUAGGGAUACAUCAAGGGCAUUCAGGGUGUACGGGCCGGCAUGUUUCAAGCAUAGAAAUAGGCGUUAUCCAAGGGACAUGCAAGCCCGGAAGGCUACAACACGGA